AUGUCAUCGCUAGCGCUCAAGUUUCUGACCCUCUUGGUUCGGACGUUAGCCAAGCCCGUCGCCCAGGCGAUCAAGGCUCUGGCCCAGCGCAACGAGCCCUUCCGCAAGGGGUGUAUUGCCAUGGCGCAGUUUGUCCACAAGGCCGAUGCUCAUAUGAGAAUGAAGCUUUUGGGGGAGAAGAAGUUCAAAGUGCGCCCGUUAAACGACAAUAAGGCCAUCGAGCUGGGGGCUACGUUCUUGCUGGAGCUGUUUAUCUUCUCAGUGGCGUUUGGUCUCGUGGUGUACGAGACGGUGCGGAGUCGUAAGAAGGCUACUACUCAGAGAGAGGCGUUGGCCGACGAUAUCGAGGUGUUGCAGGGCGAAAUGAACCACAUCAAGAAGAAGUUGAAGGAGCUCAACAUCAUCGUCGACGACUACAAAGUGCCGCCAGGUUAUCGACCUAAAUAUAUUAAGGUCACCGACGAGGACCAGGGCGACGAGCCUAAAGAUCCGCUGAAGGAGCCCGAGGCGCUCGCGGUGGUGAAGGUGGAGUCAGGCAAGAAGCCCGAGACCACCGUUACCGUGGUUAAAGACACUACCACGCCGUCACCGAGUCUGGCGCUGUCGCCUGACCUGACGGACUAA